CUCAUCCUGUGUAGGUUAUGGGGAACACAGAAGUGAGCAGUUGGUCAGGAUUCAGUUACUUGAUGGUAGAAAGGGGAUGGGAUCCUCUGCAGCUGAAAGUGGCAAAAGCCAAAAGUAUGCAUUUCACUAUGUCCGAAUCCAUUAAGCAUUUUAGGUGCCUGGGUUUUGUGAUCUUGGAGUUGGAAGUGGAGUUUUUUUUUUUUUAUUGAGGGAGUAGAAGGGUUAGUCCGCUGUAUAGGUCUUAAAUGACCUGACCGUAAUGGUCACUUUUGGAUGGCCAUAAUGAUCCAGUUUUGCUUCUAAUUUAACCUCAAAUUUAGAAGUGUAUGGGUUUUGGUUAGGUUUUUUUUUUUCCUCUUUAGUUUUCCUUUUCCCAAAUUUUGGGGAGGGUUCCAUAAGAAAUGCAACACAGGUGGUAUAUUGUUGUGUGUGUGAGUUCAAACCCUUUUCCAAAGUGUUACUAAUGGUAAAGAGAAAUUUUCUAGGCUUCUUUUCUGCCGGUUGAAGACUGCAGAAGGACCCUUGGCACUGAAAGUGGGGCAAAACACCGGAUCCAAAGUUGCAGGUCAGGUCUUACGUCGACGUCAUGAGGGAGCAGAACUUGUCCAAAGAGGAGAGAGAGAUUCGGCUGCAGAUGGUUGAGAAGGCCAAAGCAGGGGAGCUGAAAGCUGUCAACGGGUCUGCUGCCAGCCAAGCCGCUGCAAAACGCAAACGACGCUGGGACCAGACAGCCGACCAAACUCCUUCAAAUGCCACACCUAAAAAAUUGUCCAGCUGGGACCAGGCCGACUCCAAUGCUGAGACUCCAGGUCACACUCCUGCGCACACGCCUUCAAACAGUAGAUGGGAGGAAACCCCUGGCAGACCCAAAGGCAGUGAAACCCCUGGGGCUACGCCUAGCACCAGAAUGUGGGACCCUACUCCCAGCCACACACCAGCUGGUGCUGCCACACCUGGGAGGGACACGCCAGGUCAUGCAACCCCAGGUCAUGGUGGUGCUCCAGGAAGUGUCCGCAAGAACCGUUGGGAUGAGACGCCAAAGACAGAGAGGGAGACACCUGGUCAUGGCAGUGGCUGGGCUGAGACGCCUCGUACUGACAGAGGAGAUGAGUCAGUGGGUGAGACGCCAACCCCAGGAGCCAGUAAAAGAAAGUCUCGAUGGGAUGAGACCCCUGCGAGUCAGAUGGGCUCCUCAACACCGCUACUCACUCCUGGCAAAACUCCCAUCGGAACCCCAGCAAUGAAUCUGUCGACUCCAGCAACUGGUCAUCUGGUCAACAUGACUCCAGAGCAGUUGCAAGCAUGGAGGUGGGAAAGGGAAAUCGAUGAGAGGAAUCGCCCUCUCACAGAUGAGGAGCUGGAUGCCAUGUUUCCAGAAGGAUACAAGGUACUUCCUCCUCCAGCAGGCUACAUGCCAAUUCGCACACCAGCCCGCAAACUGUCAGCAACCCCGACUCCCAUCGGAGGCAUGACAGGUUUCCACAUGCAAGUGGAGGACCGCACCACAAAACAAAUGAAUGACCAGCCUUCAGGAAACCUGCCCUUCUUAAAACCUGAUGACAUCCAGUAUUUUGACAAGCUUCUGGUGGAAGUUGAUGAAUCUACUCUGAGUCCUGAGGAACAGAAGGAGCGAAAGAUCAUGAAGCUGCUCCUCAAAAUUAAAAAUGGAACACCACCCAUGAGGAAGGCUGCUUUGAGACAGAUCACUGAUAAAGCCCGUGAGUUUGGAGCUGGACCCCUCUUCAACCAAAUCUUGCCGCUGCUCAUGUCUCCCACCUUGGAGGACCAAGAGCGCCACUUGCUGGUCAAAGUCAUUGACCGCAUUCUCUACAAGCUGGAUGAUCUGGUCAGACCUUACGUGCACAAGAUCCUGGUGGUGAUUGAGCCACUGCUGAUUGAUGAAGAUUACUACGCCAGAGUGGAAGGCAGAGAGAUCAUAUCCAACUUGGCAAAGGCUGCAGGUUUGGCGACUAUGAUCUCCACAAUGCGACCUGAUAUUGACAACAUGGAUGAGUACGUCAGAAACACCACAGCUAGGGCCUUCGCUGUGGUGGCUUCUGCCCUCGGCAUUCCCUCUCUGCUGCCCUUCCUCAAAGCCGUGUGCAAAAGCAAGAAGUCCUGGCAGGCCCGGCACACAGGAAUCAAAAUUGUGCAGCAGAUCGCCAUCCUCAUGGGCUGUGCCAUUUUACCCCAUCUCCGCAGCUUGGUUGAGAUCAUUGAACACGGUCUGGUUGAUGAACAACAGAAAGUGAGGACCAUCAGUGCUCUGGCUAUCGCUGCUCUUGCUGAAGCUGCCACUCCUUAUGGUAUCGAAUCCUUUGACUCCGUCCUCAAGCCCCUCUGGAAGGGUAUCAGGCAACACAGAGGAAAGGGUUUGGCUGCCUUCCUUAAAGCUAUCGGCUACCUGAUCCCUCUGAUGGAUGCCGAGUAUGCCAACUACUACACCAGGGAGGUGAUGUUGAUCCUUAUCAGAGAGUUCCAGUCCCCUGAUGAAGAAAUGAAGAAGAUUGUGCUCAAGGUGGUGAAGCAGUGCUGCGGUACUGAUGGUGUGGAAGCAAACUACAUUAAGACGGAGAUCCUGCCUCCCUUCUUUAAGCACUUUUGGCAGCACAGGAUGGCGCUGGACAGACGUAACUACAGACAGCUGGUGGACACCACAGUGGAGCUGGCCAACAAGGUUGGAGCCGCAGAAAUUAUUUCCCGCAUCGUAGAUGACCUGAAAGAUGAAGCUGAGCAGUACAGGAAGAUGGUGAUGGAAACGAUUGAGAAAAUCAUGGGCAACUUGGGCGCAGCAGACAUUGACCACAAACUUGAGGAGCAGUUGAUCGACGGCAUCCUUUAUGCCUUCCAGGAGCAGACGACAGAGGACUCUGUGAUGCUGAAUGGUUUCGGUACGGUCGUAAACGCCCUCGGGAAGCGUGUGAAGCCAUACCUGCCGCAGAUCUGCGGUACUGUGCUGUGGCGUAUGAACAACAAGUCUGCUAAGGUUCGUCAGCAGGCUGCAGAUCUGAUCUCCCGCACUGCUGUGGUGAUGAAGACCUGCCAGGAGGAAAAACUGAUGGGUCACUUGGGUGUAGUGCUGUACGAGUACCUGGGAGAGGAGUACCCAGAAGUGCUGGGUAGCAUUUUGGGAGCGCUGAAGGCCAUCGUUAAUGUCAUCGGUAUGCUUAAGAUGACGCCUCCGAUCAAAGACCUGCUUCCUCGAUUGACCCCCAUCCUGAAGAACAGACAUGAGAAAGUGCAGGAAAAUUGUAUCGACCUGGUUGGCAGAAUUGCUGACAGAGGUGCAGAAUAUGUGUCAGCCAGGGAGUGGAUGAGAAUUUGUUUUGAGCUGCUGGAGUUGCUCAAAGCUCACAAAAAGGCCAUCCGUCGAGCCACUGUCAACACAUUCGGUUACAUCGCCAAGGCUAUUGGACCUCAUGAUGUCUUGGCCACUCUGCUGAAUAACCUGAAGGUCCAAGAGCGUCAGAACAGAGUCUGCACAACUGUCGCUAUCGCCAUCGUGGCUGAGACCUGUUCACCGUUCACAGUCCUCCCCGCCCUCAUGAAUGAGUACAGAGUCCCAGAGCUCAAUGUGCAGAAUGGCGUGCUCAAGUCCUUGUCCUUCCUGUUUGAAUAUAUUGGAGAGAUGGGCAAAGACUACAUCUACGCAGUCACACCUCUGCUGGAGGACGCGCUCAUGGACAGAGACCUGGUCCACAGACAGACAGCGAGUGCAGUGGUCCAGCAUAUGUCACUGGGCGUCUAUGGCUUUGGAUGCGAAGACUCGCUCAACCAUCUCCUGAACUACGUAUGGCCCAACGUGUUUGAGACGUCCCCACACGUCAUCCAGGCUGUCAUGGGGGCUCUGGAGGGUCUGAGGGUCGCCAUCGGGCCCUGUCGAAUGCUUCAGUACUGCCUACAGGGAUUGUUCCAUCCAGCCAGAAAAGUCAGAGACGUCUACUGGAAGAUCUAUAACUCCAUCUACAUCGGCUCCCAGGACGCCCUCAUCGCGCACUACCCGCAGGUCUACAACGAUGAGAAGAACAUGUAUGUCCGCUACGAGCUGGAGUACGUACUGUAAAUGUGCUCUGAGGUUUUCUUCAUCUAGUCCAGAACCAUUUUAGCCAGCAGAUUCAAUUUUUGUAUUGUCAUUAAGAGGUGAAUUCAUCCUGUCCUUAAUCGAGAACUCAACAAAUAAGCAAAGUGACAGAAACUGUGCAUUCUAUAUGUAUUUUAUUUUUCUUUUUUACGUUGUUUGGAGGCUGGAAGGAGCAAGGCCGGAAAUUGUGGAGAUGUUUUAAGGAUUUGUAAUUGUGUCCUUGUGAUCUGAAACGCUUCAAUCUCAUUUCCCACCUUCUGAUUAGACUUUUAUUUAACCAAAAUAAAAUGUUUGUGUAUA